AUGACGGGGACUAUUCUACAGCUAGUGCUGCUCGUGUUGUCUGGCUUGGCCAGCGCAUCCAAAAGCUCCCCAGGUGACGUUCAGAGUGAGAACCCGACUACAGUCCAGCUGGACGUCUCUGCUGAGCUCACUCGUCUGAGGGACAUGGUGACGGAGCUCAGGGUGGAGCUGUCGGCCACUCAGGCUGGGUUACAGUGCAGCAACACCCAGCUGAACAAGAUGGAGGCAGAGAAUGAAGCACUCAAGGCAGAUUUGAGGGAUGUGAAAGACAGACUGGUGAUCAGUGAGAAGGAAAUUGAGAGUCUGAAGGAUGCAGAACAACCCAAGGUUGCAUUUUCAGUAGCUUUAUUGGACUCUGGAUUCAUGGGCCCAGUUUCUAUUGACACCAACUUGGUUUAUACCAAAGUCAUCACCAAUGUGGGACAGGCCUUCAGUAAUAUCACAGGUUUCUUCACAGCACCAGUGAGGGGAGUGUAUUACUUCCGAUUCACCACUAGGGACAGUCUUGACUCUCGUCACAUGGGGAUAGUUCUGUGUAAGAAUGGAGAGAAGGUCAUGUUUGUAGAGGAGGCUGAUAAUGAUGGGCUUCGUCACUACCUCUCCAGCGGUGCGUCUCUGCAGCUGGAGGUGGGAGAUGUGGUUAACAUGCGUCUGCCUGCUGGCUACAGGAUCUAUGAUGACGCUGAUAAUCACACCACCUUCACUGGUUUCCUUCUAUUCACCCUAUGAGGAAAGUCAUCAUAAAGGAGGCAACUGAGGUUUAUGAUGGGUUUUUUUAUUAUUAUUUGUUAUUUUUAUUUAAUGUUAUUUAAGUCU